CAUAAUAGUUCCUUCUUUGAAAGUCAAAAUGGCAUUGGCAGCUGCACGCAGCAGGUCAGUCAUAUUUGUCCAACGCAAGAUUAUGUAUACUUCGAAGCAAGCUUGUCUGUUGUUUUCAACUAAUGACACAAUCCUAGCUGACCAGAGAAAACUACCAUCACAGACACAGUGGAGAAAAAGUCACAACAAACCCCCCACGACUGCUCUGUCCUGGGAGGAAAGGCUAGCUGAUGUGGUCACCCCUCUUUGGAGGCUGAGUUAUGAUGAGCAACUUGAGCUCAAGCAAAAGCAUCAGGAAGGGAUACUGUCCCAGCUCUCCACUCAUAUUUCAGGUGACUUACAAUCGCAGGCCUCAUCACCGGCCACUAGUAAACUCAACUUCCCUGUCUUGCCUAUUCUGCCAUCGCCAGUUAGGGAUGGCUACCGCAACAAGUCUACAUUUUCUGUUAACAGAGGAGUGGAUGGAAAUCCAAAGACAGUUGGAUAUUACGUGGGCACAGGCAGGAAGAGAAACAUUGUCUCUGUCAACGGAGACCACCUGCUCAACAUACCGGAGAAGCACAAACUGGUAGCCAGAUGUUAUCAGGACUUCAUCCGCCUCUCUUCCCUGGAGCCCUGCCUGCUGUUCAACACUGGGGGGCACUGGAGAGAGGUCACAGUGAGGACCAACACAAAGGGCCACACCAUGGCUAUAGUGUACUUUCAUCCACAGACGCUCACCCCAGAAGAGGUGGCAGUCUAUAAGGCUGACCUGGUGGAGUACUUCAUGGGGGGUCCUGGAUCAGUCUGCCAACUGGACUCCCUGUUUUUCCAGGAGAGUACUAUGACUCGCUGCACUCAUGAGGAAUCCCCGUACCAGCUCCUGCAUGGCCAGCCACACAUAUAUGAAGAGGUGCUGGGCUUCAAAUUUCGCAUCUCUGCCGAAGCCUUUUUCCAGGUGAACCAGGCAGCUGCUGAGGUGCUGUAUAGCACAGUGAGAGACCUGUGUGUCCCAAACCUUGAGGAAGGUGAAGGAAGAACAAAAGUUGGUGGUACUCUCCUAGAUGUGUGCUGUGGGACAGGUGCCAUCGGCAUUACUAUAUCUCCCAGAGUGGACAGAAUUAUCGGUAUAGAGCUCAUACAACAGGCAGUGGAAGAUGCUAGACACAACGUAGCUCUCAAUAAUGUACUGAACUGUGAGUUUAUCCCUGGGAAGGCGGAGGUGGUGCUUCCUGGCCUUAUGUCUCAAUUGAGUUUGGCAUGUGGAGGACCUGUAGCAGCUGUGGUAAACCCUUCUCGAGCUGGCCUCCACCACAAAGUGGUCCGAGCUCUACGAAACCAACCUGCUAUCCGCAGGCUGGUCUAUGUUUCCUGUAAACCGGCUGGGGAGGCUAUGAGGAACUUCAGGGAGCUUUGUUGUGAACCUGACUCGCAGAAGAAACUCACAGGACAAGCAUUUUCUCCAACUCUGGCUGUGCCUGUGGAUAUGUUCCCACAUACUCCUCAUUGUGAAGUGGUGCUACUUUUUGAAAGGUAGCAGAUGCUUUAUGUUCAGAGGUGGGCUUUAACACUUCAACAACAUCCGUUGCUUAAAAACGCUGAUGGGGCAUUGAAUAAUGAUGCACUGUAUGCUAAAUGAUAAUGGAUUAUCUCGCACCCAUGGUUCACCCACACAGGUGUUUUCAGUUAUUUUCUUGGUAAACCUCCUUUCAGGUCUUUGUUAUAGGACUGCAACCUAUGGUUACUUUGAUAAUAAAUAAAUUGGAUCAUUUUCCUUUUGAUGAAUCUUGGUGCAUAACAUAUCUGAAAAAAAGAGUCCAAUGCAUUGCUUUCAAGUUGUUGGUUUUGCCCAAUCAACAGUCCAAAACUCAUAGUAUAUUCAAUAUACAAUGAUAUAGAACAGAGAAAAAUGGCAAAUCCUCACAUUUGAGAAGUCUUUGCCAGCAAAUGUUGCUGCUGAUUUUUGCAUAUCAACUAACUGGCACUACUGUGUGAGCAUGUGCAGAUUUUGCUGUUCAUUUAGACAAUGUACACCUUUAUUCAUUUUAUUAGUUCAUGUCUUACUGCUCUGACAGAUGUUGCUUUACUACAGCUAAGUGGAAGGUGACCGUAGAGUUGAGUCAAUGCAUCUAUUACACACUGUUUAACAAUUAUAAGCUUCACAAACCUAACAUUUGCUGCAGGGCUAUCACUUUGGAUUUCAUUAUAUCGUGUUAGAUGUUCAUAUUAUUGUCUCAACCUCCUGUCUUAGUGAUUCUCUUCGUCUGCCCUGCAGUAGCUGUAUAUGUGCUGCAGAUGGUGCCAUUACAACUUCUUAGUAGCCAUCCUUCCUGGAGACAUCCCAUUCAUUCCAGUUUACUAAAGGUCAAUAAUAUAAUGAGUGUACAGUAUGAUUGGACUGAGUUUUUUUCCCUUAGAGGUUAUCACAGUUGAGAUAAUACAUUGCGACAAGGUGUUCUUGGCUUGUAGAUAGGA